AUAAAUAUUAACUGUCUCCAAAUUCAAUGCAACCAAAAAAAAGGAAAAAAAGCUCUAGUCUACAUAGAGCAGCCUGAGAUUUGAAAUCUUGUGUAGGAACAGAAACAACAAAUUUAUGAUGCCUCAAAUGCAUUAAAAUGAAUCAAAAAGUCCUCCACUUAAACAUGGACUCGCCAACUAAAACAUUAUUAUAAAACCACAAAAUGAGAUCCCCUCCAAGAUUUCCUAGCCAUCCUUCUUCCCUAUUAUUCUUUCCUUUCCCAAAUUAGCUCUUUAAUCAUGGAAAGGGACCAGGCAAAGCCUCUAGCACCGGUUUCGGACCUUCCGAGUAGCGACGAUGGCGAGGUAGCUUUGCAUCUUAAGCAAGUUCGACGCAAAAAAUUCGUCAAGUGUUUCGGUUCCGUUGCAGCUCUAGCGAUCAUUCUAGCUGUGGUGAUCAUAAUUUUGAUUUUCACAGUGUUCCGAGUCAAGGACCCGAUCAUCAACAUGAACGGUGUCGCGGUUACGAGCCUGGAGCUGAUCAAUGGCACAAUCCCGAAGCCGGGUUCCAACAUCUCCGUGACGGCUGACGUUUCGGUUAAAAAUCCCAACGUAGCAUCAUUUAAUUAUAGGAAUACCACUACAACGCUUUACUACUAUGGCAAGGUAGUAGGAGAUGCCCGAGGCCCUCCGGGCCGUGCAAAGGCCCAUCGGAUCGUGCGAAUGAAUAUUACCAUUGAUAUUAUCGUGGAUCGGAUCUUGGCCAGUCCGAAUUUGGUCAUGGAUGUUCGGUCCGGGAUGUUGACCAUGGUCAGCUACUCGAGAGUUGGGGGAAGGAUCAAUAUAUUGAACAUUAUAAAGAGGCAUGUUACUGUGAAGAUGAAUUGCUCCAUGACUGUCAACAUUUUCAGCCAAGCAAUUCAACAGCAAAAAUGCAAGCGGCAGGUUGAUGUCUAAGCUACGUAGAGUGUAAAUGAAACAUUAUGAGAGAGAUUAUAUAGUUUAUGUAGUACGAUUAUAAUUUUGGUUUUUUUUUUUGUAUAUUAAUUACAUAUUGCUAGUGAACUAUAUGAUUUUAAAAUUUAAUUUGGGGCAAAUUGAUACACGGCAGAAUAGUAUUUUUCAUUUAUGUACCACAUCACACAUUGAGUGAAAGUUUAGGAGCCAAAUGUGUUAUUAACCCCUAUAUUAAAGAUGCAUAAUAUGUAAAUGCUAUAAUUUUUUCCAUGAACUA